AUGCAGGCUGAAGGCAGCAGCCUUUAUCGCCUGGCCGUCGCCGCGGAGAGCGACGGCGGCGGCAACGAGACUGCGGUCGUCACAGAGGCCGAUCGCUUGCACAUGCGGCGGGCGCUGGAGCUGGCGGCGCGGGGGCUGGGUGCGACAUACCCCAACCCGGCCGUGGGCUGCGUGAUCGUGGACGCCUCUGGUCGCGUGUUGGGCGAAGGCUUCCACCCGCGCGCCGGCAUGCCGCACGCCGAGGUGUAUGCGCUGCGUGCCGCUGGCCGGGCUGCCGCCGGCGCCACCGCCUACGUCACGCUGGAGCCCUGCAACCACUUUGGCCGCACGCCGCCCUGCAGCCGCGCGCUGGUGGCAGCGGGCGUGUCCCGCGUGGUGGUGGGCUGCACCGACCCAAACCCGCUGGUCGGCGGCUGUGGUGUCAAGACGCUGCGGGACGCGGGCAUCGUGGCGGCGGUGGGCUGCGAGCAGCAGGCCUGCUACCAGCUGAACGAGGAGUUCAUGGUGCGCAUGCAGGAGCAGGCAGCAGCUGCCUCGAACACCUGA